AUGUCUAGCAGUGAAAGUUCGGAUACGGAAAUGAUCGAUCGUAAAAGAAAAAAAGGAUGUCCUGAAACAUGGAAGAGAAAUGAAAGGAAGAAAGCUCGUCUUCUUGGAAGCCAAUACACAACUAAAACUGGGAAAAUAGUCAACAAAAGGGAGGUUAAAGCAGAUUGCACAUGUAAAAACAAAUGCAUGACUAAAUUUACGAUGGAAGAAAAAGAAGCUGUUUUGAGGGCAUUAUACGAGAAAGGUUCUAAAAACGAACAAGAUGUCUAUUUACAUGGGUUAAUGGAAUGUAAACCAGUCGUUAGGAAGCGACCAAAUAAAGAGGCCAGAGAAAAACUCAGGACAGCGAAUUUUUCUUAUUACAUACGAAAACCUUUAGAGAAACAACAGUCGAUGUAUACCGGGAUAGUCAGUUACUUAUAG